UUUACCAUUUUUGCUAUUAAUAGACUACUACGAUAAUUCUCAUUUUCCUGAGGCGCUGGCAGGCACACUUGAAUUGUCAGCAAUGGGGAUCGAAGUGGAUCGCGUUGUGCACGACAGAGCAUUGCUGGAACUUGUGGAGCUCGUGUGCCCAAUAUGUGAAAAUCUGUUGUCUCAUGAAGAUACUGUGGAGACUCCUUGUGGCCAUCUGUUCUGCGGUUCAUGUGUGACUCCCUUCAUCCGAUCUCAUUCCGAAUGCCCUCAGGACCGCAGUCACGUGCGAAUGACAGACCUUAAGCCUGUAAAAGAGUCGAAUGCGUAUGUAUAUCGCAUGUUGGGCCGAUCGCUUGUGCGCUGUGCAAGACACCGUGAUGGAUGCAAGUGGGUUGGAGAGCUCUCUGAAGCAGCUGCGCAUUCAUCACAGUGUCGAGUCAUAACAGGACAGGGGUUGGGCACGCCGGGCAGCAGCAGCAGCAGCAGCAAAGAAUCAUCAACACCUCUCCUCUCUCACCCGGGCAAAGAAAGGGAUGAGGAUAUUUGCGCCAGCUGUGAUGAGAAGAACUUUGAGAUUGGGAUGCUGAGGUCAGAGGUUGACCAGAAGAUAAUGGAGAAUGGGGAGUUGAUGUUGAAGCUCGCAGAAAGUUUGCAGGAUCAUGAUGAGCAAUGCAAGCAAAUGAUGGAAAUGAAGCAGCAAAUAGAGAGACUUAAACAGGCAUCGUGUUGUUGUGGUAGUAAUCAACAAAUGGGUGUGAAGGUAGAUGGGUGGAAAGCUGUGGUCUCCUUGAACACCAUCAUCGCAAUGAAUCAGACGGAACAUGAAAUCUCACAGCUGCAGCAAAAGCUCAAAACGCUUAGGGACCAAUUGCCCGAGCUCGAGAAAACACGACAGGGUCUUGCUCCUGCUCCUCCUCCUCCUCCUCCUUCUCUUGCUCCUGCUUUUGCUCCUUCUCUUGCUCCAGGACCUGCUCCUGCUCCUGCUUCAUUGCCUGCACAGUUGAAUUUGGCAUCGCUACCACUCAGUCACCAUAUCACAGAAAGCUUGUGUCACGUGCGGCAAAUGCAGCUGGAGAACAGUGUUAACGAUUUCCAGCGCACGCUGGACAGUCUCAUGUCUUAUGUGACCAAUCAAUCAUUAACGCUAGAUGCGCCUGCGCAGGGGCAACAUCUCGGCAAAGGGGACCGUUUGGCGACCUCUGCUCUGGAACGUGUGGCCUGUGUCCUCCGCGCCAAUGCUUCGAAGAGACCGCCUGGCAAUCUAGCGCUAGACUUGUUUCAAUGCAUGCAAAGGCACCAUGACGUGGGUCUGUUUAGGAGGAAGGGUAUCGUCUCUCUAGACCUGUUCCGGCGACAUCGGAGGGGUUGGACCAUGCUCCUUGCAGCAGCCAAGGACUGCGGUGGCAUCUGGUUCACGACGAAACAGAUCAGUCGGAUAAGACAGUGGUAUUACGAGAUUGAACCGGUGGGAGCAUCAGCCUCCGCCAUUGCGAGAGCAUGAAUCGGAGGACAUUGCAGGAAGGUCCUUGCUUGUACUGGGUAGGACCGUUAGGUGGGGAGGACAAGAGUGUACAUGCAUUGGGUGAAAGGAGGACUUUCAUGAGCUUUUGUGAGAAGAAGCUAUGGAGGGUACUAUAUCCUUGCGGCAGGAAAGGAUUGCUGUAGACUGAUCGCAUUCGCAACGUAUCAGAGCAGCAGGAUCAAAUGGAGGUUUUUCGAGUUACGAUUGGGCUGUUUAAACUAUCUGGGUCUUGGAUGCCAAGCAUUCAUUAAUGAAAAAAAAAGGCUACC